UGAUGCUCUAAAGUCGAUCUACUUGUCCCUAAAAUCGCGUAACACCGACAAAUUCGUCUCCUCAACGUGCGUGUAUCUCUUCCUUGGUUCCUUGGCUAAGUAUAUAUCAAUAUGUUAAGGGCCUCGUCUGGAAUACUUAGCCGCCUCGCUGCUACGGAAGGCAAAGUAGGUAGUUCCGGAUUCUCAUUGGAAUUUGUCCGUUGGAGACGCAAGCCCCGUUGGUUGCCUACGGCCAAAAGUAAAUUGUUUCGUGUGCCGGAAAGAAAACAACAAUCACCCGAAGAAAAGGCAGAACUUUUACGUCUUCACAACAAUUACAAAACACAAUUACGUUCCGUAAGACAGUAUUUGAGGGAGGAGAAUCAACGCAUUGCCGAAACAUCCUCAGCAGAUCAUUUCGUUUUGACUCCUGAGCAGGAAGAAGCAGAAUUCCAACGUUGCUUACAAGAGAAUGAGAAAUGGAAUAGAGAAGUAGCUGCUCUGCGUGAGCAACGUUUGGCCAGGGAGCACCAAGAAAAGCAGCAAUAUGUACAAGAAAGAUUAAGACUGGCCGAAGAAAGAGAAGAGGAAAGAAUGGAAAAGAUUGAAGCUUUAGUGAGGAAAGAAAAGGAACUUUCCAAGACAUUCAUUACCCGAGAAAAUCUUGAUGCUGCCAUCGAACAGGCCUUGGCAAAUCCUAUCGAUUAUAAUUUCUCCAUAGAUUUGCAAGGUAAUCUGUAUCACGGCCGUUCAACAACUCCCGGAAAUACCUCUGGCGGUGGCAAUCAAAACCUUUUAGAGUCUACAGAAGAACGCAUUGAAGCCCAAAACUAAAGGUUUAUUUUAAGUCUCAGCUGUAUUUUUAUUGUUACAUCAGUGGAGUCUCUAACAUAGCUAAUCAUUUGUUUUAUUUUUCUUUUGAAGAUGAUGUGGAAAAAUGCAGAAUAAUUUCAGAGCUCUUUAGAAUAAAAGGCCAAUAACAAAAAUCAUUACUAAAA